CCAUUGCACACUUCGAUGAACUCGAAAACGUGUACGAUGUGCGGGUGCCGUACUCCCCGCAGGAUGGACAGCUCUCGAGGCAGGAACUUGUUGACGAAGUCCGGAGGCGCUCGCCGGCGGUCCACCACCUUGAUGGCCACCGUCCCUUUAUACUUCUUGGAGGUGGCCACUUUCACCUUGGAGUAGCUGCCCUCACCUAUCGUGCGGCCCAGCUUAUAGCCAAGUUCGCUCAGGAGUUUGUCGCCCGACAUGGUGGCGCCCGGGGCGCGCGGGGAGCAGGAGGCGGCUGCUGUCGGGGGGCGGCCGGACUCCAAUCUCGGGCCUAACCCAUGGUGCUUGGCACCUGCACCCCCGUGCCCCCAUGUGCCCACUCCCAAGGCCCUACAGCCGCGAUGACUUUUAUUGCCCGGGUAACAAUUUCUGCCUUGUGAAGUGACUGCGGGCGUCACUCGGCCUUGGGGCGGGGACCCUCCCUCCCCCGCCCCGCGGGCUCCCUAAACCCUUCUUAGGCUUUGUGACUCAAUCGCCCUUAAUGGUCAGUUCCUCGUGAGAAGUCACUGGCGAGGAGACUGCCCACUGAUGUGGAACAGGACAAGUCCCUCCCUGAAGUGAUGGUGCUCAGGUGGGUGGGAACCAGCCUGUUGCCUCGAGCCUGGCUACCAUGGCUCACGAAAGAAAGGAACCUCCUGGGUGACGGAACUUCCGCCACACUCAAAAUGGUGGUCGCGCGUUGCCUCACUUCCGCUGGUGGCCGGAAGUUGCGGGUCCUGCAAGUAUGGCGGCGUCGAAGGUGAAGCAGGACAUGCCCCCGCCAGGGGGCUACGGCCCCAUCGACUACAAGCGGAACCUGCCCCGCCGGGGACUGUCGGGGUACAGCAUGUUUGCUGUGGGCAUCGGGGCCUUGAUCUUUGGCUACUGGAGAAUGAUGAGGUGGAACCAGGAGCGCAGGCGCCUGCUGAUUGAGGACUUGGAGGCCAGGAUCGCCCUCAUGCCGCUCUUCCAGGCAGAGAAGGACCGGAGGACCCUGCAGAUUCUCCGGGAAAACCUGGAGGAGGAAGCCAUCAUCAUGAAGGAUGUGCCCAACUGGAAGGUGGGCGAGUCUGUGUUCCAUACCACACGAUGGGUGCCACCCCUCAUUGGCGAGAUGUAUGGGUUGCGCACCAAGGAGGAGAUGAGCAAUGCCAACUUCGGCUUCACCUGGUACACUUAGGGCCUGAGCCAACGCACAUAAUAAAGAGUGGUCAAAUAAAAUGUUGACUCUAUAGUGA